UUUUUUUUUUUAACCCUCAUCAUCUAUUUUAAAAUAAAUUAUUUUUUUUUUUACUAGUUAUUUUAUCAUAUUAUUUGUAUGAUAUUGGGCUCCGCCAAUUUUUUGAAUUUCUUUUUCUUUCUUUCCCUUAUUCUUCCCCUCUUCCUUCUUAUGACUACUGAAGACAAUGCAACUAACUCUAAUAACAAUGAACAAUAUAUUUAUCGCAAUGUAAAAAGUUAUCAAGUAUUACAACGAUCUAGAAAAACUAAUACAGCACUUGUAGAUUUGAAUAAUGGACAACCAUUAUUAGAACUGGGUGUAGGUGGACCAUAUCAAGUAGGUAACGCUUCUCAAGUAAUGGUGGGUGAUAUUUGGAUCCUAGCAGGUCAAAGCAAUAUGCGCGGUUUUGGGUUCUUUAAUAACUACGACAAGCAAGUUCCAUGUCAUGUAUUUCAAUCCAAUGAAUCUUGGGGUCUCGUUUAUAACAAUCAACCUGUACACCAAAUAGCUUCUAGUCCUCGUCAAGUUCAUCAUAUGUACUCUGAUCCUACCGUUUCUGAUCCUAAUUUGGUCUUUUCUCGUGGUGCAUCUCUUGCUCCUUUUUUCGCUGAACAAUAUCAACAUCAACUUCAUAUACCUGUAGGUUUGGUUCCUUGUGCACAUGGUGGCGUUGAUAUUCAGAAAUGGAUGAAACAACAACAAGAUGAUGACAACAAUACUAGUCAAACAACCCUUUAUGGUGCGAUGAUAGAUAAAAUAAAUUUGGUAGCAGGUGGUCAACCAAAAGGUAUAUUAUGGUAUCAAGGGGAAUCGGAUGCUGUGAAUUGGACUUCUGCUCAACAAUACUAUGAUCAUUUUACGCUCUGGCUUCAACAAUUACAACAUGAUCUACCCAAAGAUACAUUAUUUAUCUAUGCACAAAUUGGACAUACUGCUUAUAUAGCAUCAUCACUUGAUACAAAGAACAAAUUGGAUCAAGGUUGGAGUUUGGUACGACAAGCACAAAUAGAUGUCUUUCAACAACAAGAACAGCGGAAAAACAAUACAUUAUUGACAUCCUUAGUAUCAACAAUAGACACGGAACUGGAUGAUUUUGUUCACUUGUCAGCAAAUGCAUCAAGAAAAAUUGGAUAUCGUAUGGCAAAUGCAGCUAUCUCAUUGAUACAACGACAAGAAGUAGAAAAAGAUGAUUAUGAAUCGACAAUUAUCUAUGGAAACAGAGUGACGAUGAAUCAUACACCUUACAAUAAUGGACGGAAUUGGAUACACACUCUACGAAUUGGAUUUUAUUUUAAUGGUAGCAAACGGCCUAAAUGGAGGAGGACAACAUCAUUAACAAAAGUAACAACUAAUGACAACGAAGAGGAUGAUGAUGAUGAAUUGGAUUUAAUUCCUAUCAAUGGAUUUACACUUCAUGAUACCCAACAACCAAAUAACCCUUUGGAUGGUUUUAUUUAUUCGGUACGUAUCACCAAGGAUCACAAUGUCGAUUUGUAUUUGACUGAAGCUGGAUAUCAAAAUAUGUUAAAACAUGCAGCCCAAGGGAAACAGUAUGUGGUAUGGUACGGCUAUGGACAAAACCCACAGUGCAACUUGAUGACUACCUCUAAUAUUGCUGCGUUGGCUUUUGGUCCUCUACCUGUAAAUGUCACUUCUUUGCCUCGUUUAUCUCAUGGUGGCCAAUCAAAUAUAGAAUAGAAAUAUAUUAGAUUUUUUUUUUAUUUACAUAGCUUAGUGAAUUGGUUUUUUUUUUAUACAUUAGAAAUAGAUUGAUUUUUGUAUUUUUUUAAUAAAGAUGAUCAUCA